AUGGUAAUGAAAACGAUGCGGAAGAGUUAUUGGGUAGCAGCAGUUGCCUUGGUCAUCUUUCUGUUUAUGUAUCUUGCUCUUUUCUCCUCCGUAUUCGAUCUCCAGUUGAUUCGUUCGCUAAGUUUAUCUCAAGGCACGUUACAGCAAACUUGGGAAUCCAGACUAAUCAAGCAGGCUCCACAAAUGAUGGUUUCAGCAACAAUCACAUGUUAUCGAUCCCACACUAACUACGAUGUCUGUUCGAUCAACGGCUCAUGUAAUCUCGACCCCAGAACCGGAACUAUCACUCUCAUGGACCAAACUUUGGCCACAUCAGCACCAAUUGUCGAGAAGAUCAGGCCAUACCCUAGAAAAACAGAUCAGUGGAUCAUGUCUAAAAUCAAAGAGCUAACAUUAACCUCAGACCGAUUAGACCUGACGCGUUCAUGUGACAUAACACAUGAUUCGCCAGCGAUUGUGUUCAGCGCCGGAGGUUACACCGGAAACAUCUAUCACGAUUUCAUUGAUGGUUUCAUUCCACUUUUCAUCACUGCCAAAACAGUUUUCCCCGACCGUGAUUUUAUCCUUGUGGUAGUGAAUCAUAAGAAGUGGUGGAUGCCAAAAUACAUGGACGUUUUAGGUGCGUUUAGCAAACACAAAACCAUAUUACUAGACGAAGGAAAUGCAUCUAUUACACAUUGUUUCACUUCAGCCAUAGUAGGCCUAAUUUCACAUGAGCCCAUGACAAUAGACCCAACCCGGAUACCCAAUUCCAAAUCAUUAGUGGACUUUCACAAUUUUUUAGACAAAGCUUUCAACACAAAUCUAUCAACUCUCAAACUUCACAAGCCUCGUCUCAUAUUGGUCAGUCGAUAUGGUAACAUAGGUCGGGUGAUGUUAAACGAGAAGGAGGUCAAAGAGAUGCUUGAAGAAGUUGGAUUCGAGGUAAUCACAUUUAGACCAUCGAAAACGACGAGCUUGAGAGAAGCGUAUAAACUCGUAAAGUCGAGUCAUGGGAUGGUCGGGGUUCAUGGUGCUGCAUUAACACAUCUGUUGUUCCUUAGACCCGGUUCAGUUUUGGUUCAGAUUGUUCCGGUUGGGUUAGGUUGGGUUGCUAAAACGUGUUUUGAAUCACCAGCUAAGGCAAUGAAGUUGGAGUAUGUUGAAUAUCUAGUGAAUGUGGAAGAGAGUAGCUUGGUAGAGAAGUAUAGUAGAGAUGAUUUGGUUUUGAAAGAUCCGAUUGCUUUUAGAGGGAUGGAUUGGAAUUCGACUAAAAUGAAUGUGUAUUUAAAAGAACAAGAUGUUAGAUUGGAUGUGAAUCGGUUUAGGGAACAUAUGAAUCAAGCAUACAAGAAAGCUAAAUCUUUUAUGUGUAUGAACUGUUGA